AUGUCAUCGAUUCCUGAACGUCCAAGUAAACGUCAACGCACUGUUAAAACAGGUCAUGAUAUCGAAGCCGUUGAUUUCGAAACAAGUGAAGAUGUGGAAGUAUGUCCAACAUUUGAUGCAAUGAAUCUAAAUGAAAAUCUUCUUCGUGGAAUCUAUUCGUAUGGAUUUGAAAAACCAUCCGCUAUCCAGCAACGUAGUAUUCGUCCCAUCGUCAAAGGACGUGAUGUCAUCGCUCAAGCACAAUCUGGUACUGGUAAAACAGCUACAUUUUCGAUUGCUAUGUUGCAAAAAUUGGAUACAAACAUUCGCGAAACUCAAGCAUUAGUUUUAUCCCCAACAAGAGAAUUAGCACAACAAAUUCAAAAGGUUGUUUUAGCUAUCGGUGAUUUUAUGAACGUUCAAUGCCAUGCUUGCAUCGGUGGUACAAAUACAGGAGAAGAUAUGCGUAAACUCGACCAUGGACAACAUAUUGUCAGUGGUACACCAGGCAGGGUUACUGAUAUGAUCAACCGAGGAUCUUUACGUACACGUCACAUUAAAAUGUUGAUAUUGGAUGAAGCCGAUGAGAUGCUUAAUCUUGGUUUUAAAGAACAAAUCUAUGAAGUUUAUCGUCAUUUACCACCACAAACGCAAGUUGUGCUCGUUUCAGCUACUUUACCACAUGAAAUCUUGGAAAUCACCACGAAAUUUAUGACUGAUCCAAUUCGUAUCUUAGUCAAACGUGAUGAAUUGACACUUGAAGGUAUCAAACAAUUCUUCGUUGCUGUUGAACGCGAAGAAUGGAAAUUUGACACACUGUGCGAUCUUUACGAUACGCUAACAAUCACUCAAGCUGUUAUUUUCUGCAAUACCAAACGAAAAGUCAAUUGGUUAACUGAGAAAAUGCGUGAAGCUAAUUUUACUGUUUCGUCCAUGCACGGUGACAUGAAACAAGAAGAGCGUGACGCCAUUAUGAAAGAAUUCCGUGCUGGCGACACACGUGUACUUAUCACAACUGAUGUUUGGGCUCGAGGUAUCGACGUGCAACAAGUCAGUUUGGUUAUCAAUUAUGAUCUUCCAAACUCUCGUGAAUUGUACAUUCACCGUAUUGGUCGUUCAGGUCGAUUUGGUCGUAAAGGUGUUGCUAUAAAUUUCGUUAAAAAUGAUGAUAUUCGUAUUCUACGAGAUAUUGAACAAUAUUACGCAACACAAAUUGAUGAAAUGCCAAUGAACGUUGCUGAUCUCAUUUAA